CGUUUCUUCAUGUGUGCUGUUCGCUGCUUCGACCUCGCGAUUUCUAAGGUACUGAGCAUUGCUUUGGAGUGUAUUAAGUGCAUCAAUUGCUGCCUGGGGAGACAACAAACAAUAUUAUCAUGGAAUUGACUGAAUAAUGCUCUUGAGUGAAAUAUGGCAACACUGCAGAAUUUCUCUUCGUGCAACAUCGACAUUUAAAAGGCAAACCAAACAACGAGUCAGCGAGCGUCAGUUUUAUAUCAGUCCGAAACGAGCAGACGCGUUGCGUGUUUCGCCCGUUCCGCAGCUCACAUUUUCCGAUUUCUACAUUCCCAUCACCAUCGCCAAGUGCUCCACAACCAGAAGCAGUCGUGCGGGAACAUUGUACACAUUUUACAUUAAUAUUUAAAGCCGUACGUGCAUGCAGUGCCCAUCCGCCUCCAGGUUGGAAAUGUGCCUGAAAAACCGUUGAGCGUCGUGUGGUGUCGCAGCACAGCAACACUCACUUAGCUUACUCAAUAAACUCCGUGCUGUAAGUGUUUAAUCACAACAAGAAUUAAUAUACAAACAAUUAAAAAUGACGAGCACGGACGUGAAUCAGCGCAUCCUGAAGGAGUACAAACCCGCUGUGGCGCGGAACCUCUUUCGCACAGAGACCUUUAGCGAACCAAGUACGAAAGUUGUAUACGACAGGCACAUACCCAGACGGGUGCAUAAUAAUUGGGGGAUUGAAUUUGCAACUAUUCCUGACUCUGCCAGGACGUCACCGGCAGGAAAAAAGGCGAGGGAGACGACAGAAUCACCUCGCGACACAUCUGCAUAUAACUGUCUUCUGCGGAAUGAACUCCUAGGGGAGAAUAUUGAGGACAUCAAGACACAAUGUGACGAGAGACAAGCCUGCACACCACUGAAAAGCAAGAAUUUAUUUAAAUAUUCAUCACCUCGGAUGGAUAAAACACCUGUUAAACUACAAACCAGUCCAUACUCGUUAUCGCCUCUAAGUCACAGCAGUCAGCGUUUGCUGCGCUCACCACACAAAGCGACGCGCAAGAUUUCACGCAUUCCCUUCAAAGUGUUGGAUGCACCUGAGUUACAGGAUGAUUUUUACCUUAACUUGGUGGAUUGGUCAGCGCAAAACGUGCUCAGCGUCGGAUUAGGCAACUGUGUAUACCUGUGGUCAGCAUGCACAAGUCAGGUCACACGUUUGUGUGAUUUAUCAGGAGACAAUAAUGCAGUAACUUCAGUGGCGUGGAGCGAACGCGGCCAUCUUGUUGCCGUUGGUACGCAUCAUGGCUACGUGACAGUAUGGGAUGUGGCGUCGAAUAAACAGGUGAAUAAACUGCAGGGUCAUACAGCACGAGUUGGCGCACUUGCAUGGAAUGGCGAUGUGUUAAGUUCAGGCAGCAGGGAUAGAAUUAUCCUGCAAAGGGAUACAAGAACACCCCCAACCGUGGUUGAGCGUCGGUUGACAGGACAUCGACAAGAAGUGUGCGGUUUAAAAUGGUCACCGGAUAAUCAAUAUCUCGCAUCGGGCGGUAAUGAUAAUCGAUUGUACGUAUGGAAUAUGCAGUCGUUAUCGCCGGUGCAAACAUACACUGAUCAUCUAGCCGCGGUGAAGGCUAUAGCGUGGUCACCGCAUCAUCAUGGCUUGCUUGCUUCCGGCGGUGGUACGGCUGAUAGAUGUAUUCGUUUCUGGAACACUUUGACGGGACAACCAAUGCAAUAUGUGGAUACAGGAUCACAAGUGUGCAACUUGGCCUGGUCAAAGCACAGCUCUGAAUUGGUGUCGACGCACGGCUACUCACAAAACCAGAUUUUGGUAUGGAAAUACCCUAGUUUGACGCAGGUCGCCAAGCUUACAGGACACUCAUACCGCGUGUUGUACCUUGCGCUUUCCCCCGAUGGCGAAGCGAUCGUCACUGGCGCCGGCGAUGAAACACUACGCUUCUGGAACGUGUUCAGCAAAGCGCGCUCACAAAAAGAGACUCGUUCUGUGCUCAGUCUAUACACGGGCAUUAGAUAAAACAAAAUCAAACAACACGCUAAUUCUAAACAAAGUAUCUAACAAGAUUUUAAAUUAUUUUUACACGAUGUAGAUACUUUACGACGAGGAGUGAUGAACGCUGAUCUGAUCUGAUUUGAUCGCUUAUAUUUACAGAAUGUUUUAUUCCGUUUUUACUAUAUUAUUUAUUUAAAUGAUUUGUAAUCUGUUAUAUUACAAAGCAUUGCCUUUAUAUUUAUAUUUGGAUGAUAUCAUGUGUUCAUAUUUAAAAUUUAAACAAUAUUCGGUGGGAAUUAGCGAGAUUAUUGUGAUAGUACAAAGAUGAGGAGCGUUAAAAAGUUUAGCAAUAAUUUAUAGAUUUAAAAGAGUGUACUUGAGUUGAUUGUGUUGUUUGAAUAUUAUUGCGCUUGGAUUUCUAAAUGCCCAUGACUGUUCAAGCACUUUUGAUUGACAAAACGUGUGUUAAAUCAGGUUAUGAACCAAAGUCAGUCAUUAGAUUAUAGGUUAUGCUAUAGAGUAUAUCAAAAAUCAAACAAGAGAAGAAUUGUUUACUAUUUUCUGAUAUAUAGUAUAUUUUUCAACACCGGAAAGAAACUUUCCGUAAGAUUGGGUGACUAUAUUAGUAUUAAGAAUCUAAAAAUAUUUAAUUAGAUUAGUGAAUGCUGAUUGGAAAAGGACAUUAUAUAAUUUCGUGAAGGUUGAUGUGUGCAAUAUGAUUUAUCAAGCCGAAUUCAGUUUCAAUAUCAUUGUAUAUAUUUUUGUUUUGUAAUCAUCAUUUGUAGACAUUAGACACAUAGAUAAAUCAAAUUCAAAAAUAAUUUGGAAAUUUUUGGAAAUUUCGAAACGUAUACAUAUGAUUCAACAAAGUUAUUUGUUAUCGUUGAGUGGUGAGACUACUCUAAAUUCUUGUAUGCAACAUUUAAAAGCACUGCAUCAAUAACAUUUCAAUCAAUAAUGCGUUCAUAAUUCGAAUUGUUGAAUAUCUUAAAUCAUCUCGUCAUUUCAGUGAAGGUGAAAGUGAACGAUUAUUCAAUUAGUCUAAUAAUAUUGUACAAACUAUAUGCAUAUUAUACUUGUACAAUAGAUACAUUUAUUUUUGUAACAA